CUUAGGACACAUCACUUCUGUUCACCCCAAUGUUCUCAUCUGUAAAAUGGGGCUAAUAAUUCCUACAUUUCAAGUUUUGUGUGAGGAUUAAAUGGUCAACAUGCAAAGCACCUAGCCUGAGCUAGAUGCUCAGGACAUGAGUUUCAUGCCAGGCCCUUUAAAAGCAGGCAUGAGGUUAGAAGAUGAGAUGAUUCUCUGGGGUUCAUGGUUCUCACUGCAGCAAGAUAACUGAUUCAUUUGACCAUAUUCCAUCCUGUGUUUAGACCUUCCCAAUGUGGAAACAGCCCAGUCUUAGAAGGCUUUCCAGGUAAUCUGGGAUUCCUACCUUAUGCACAGAUAGGGGUUCUCUGGCCUCCAGGAGUUUACUAAUCAGUCUGAAUACUCAGUGGGGGUUGGGGUGGGCUUGAGCAUGGGAGGGCUCAAAGUUAACGGGAGGUCAGGCCAAACGAGGUAACUGUUCUCCUACAAGGUGAAGGGGAGGUGACAAGACUGCUGGACCAUGCGUAUCUCCAGGUCCUCACAGAAAGCCUGACAUAUUGUGGCAUGAAAUAAAAUUUUUAAAUGAAUGAAAUGAGUUAGGAAAUUCAUUCUCCCCUUCAUGGAGAGGCUGGGUAUUUUGUUCUGGAAUAGCUGCAGCUAGGUACUCUCAUGGACCUUUGGUGUCCCUUCUGCACCAUGAUUAACACAUGGUGGCCCAACAUGUGGGGGCAGGGCAGAUCAGCAUUGCAGGUGAACAUGGGGACUGGGGGAGGGCCUGGAAUGUGAGUUCUGCUGGGGCCAUGCCCUGCUCUGCCUGAGCUGACCCCCAGCCUGUCUCCUGCUUUCCCAGAGGCAAAGGUCUGAGAACUGAGACCCCCCCUGGCUUCCCCUUGAUGGGGAGCCCCACAGGAGGUGCUGAGAGGGGCCAAGAGACAGUGGGAGGGGGGGGCACUUGAUGGAAAACUACAGAAUGAGAUCCUCACUUCACACCCAGCCUUGCUGGGAAGUUCUAAAAUACAAAGGGGAAGCUCAUGCAAAGGGAAAUUUCCCUUUCUCCCUACAACUUCCCCGCCUCCACACCACCUAGGGCUGAAGCAGCAUCCUCAGUGCCCUGAAAGAGACACUGGCUGUUCUGAAUGAAUGGCCUUGGGGCAGUGCUGUCUCCAGCACCAUGAGGGCAUGCUCAGGAAUAGUGACGAGGACCCUGUCCUUGAAUAAGCUCACUGGGCACAUAGCAUGGGACACACACACUUAUUCAGUACAAUUCACCACUGAUAGCUGCCAGGCAAUCAAGCAAGUCCCAGCUGUGUGCUGUAGUGCUGAGAGGUCACUAGGUCAUUAUUGUGCUGCCUAGGACCAGACACUUCAUCCCAGGCCCCGCUUCCAGAAGACCACAGCAAACCCCAACAACCCCCUUUAAGUACCUGUGUUAUCCUAAGCAAUAUGCCCUAUUGUCUUCAGACUUCACAGCAGCUCUGCAAAAGUGGGUAUUGUUAUCUACCUUUUACAGAUUGACAAACUGAGGCUGACAUGAUCGGUAAAUGACAAGAGAAAGGGUUCAAACUCAGGUCUGUCUGACUGCAAAACUCUGUCCUUUGUAGAUUGGGCUCUUUGGGGUGUGCUCUGGGCACUUUUCUCUAGGAAAAUCCCAAGGAAGAGGGUAGUAGCGGUGCAGGUCCAGAGCUUGCCUGGAAACCACAGAGGCAGGUACUUGGUGGAAAAGUCCAGCAUCUGAUUCACCCUCCUCCCAUGCUCUGUCACCGAGGCCAACGCCCCUUCUGAGGCUCUCAGUUCCUAGUCUGGGAGUCGGUGGCUCCAUCCUACUGCUGUACUAAGAGAGGGCUGUCCUCUGUCUGUACAUCCUGAGUUCAUCCCUCUGAAGGAGCUGGUCCUGGUAUCAGGAGGUGGCAAGGUCCCACUUCUGGGCAUUCUCAGAGCGGCUUUCUGGGACUCUCCUGGGGACUUGAGGCAUGGAACGGAGCUGACCUCAGGAACAGGAUUGGGGACUGAGGGAGGCUGUGUGAAGCCCAGAGAAGAGGUGUGACUAGCUUCCGGUCACACAGCAAGUGAGAAACUCAACUCCACCACGUAUUGUAUUGGCUGUGCCUAGGUCACCAUCCUGCCCCACUUCCAGCUUGGCGGCUUCCCAAACCAUUACAUGGCUAUGGACAGAAAAGUGGCAGUCCGUGAGGAUGGGCCUCGUGUGGUCUCCUGGGUCCCUGAGGAGGGAGAGAAGUUGGACCAGGUGAAGGAUCGGGGCCAAUGGAACAACAAGAUGGAGUUUGUGCUGUCAGUGGCCGGGGAGAUCAUUGGGCUGGGCAAUGUCUGGAGGUUUCCCUAUCUCUGCUACAAAAAUGGAGGUGGAGCCUUCUUCAUCCCCUACUUCAUCUUCUUCUUCACCUGCGGCAUCCCUGUGUUCUUCCUGGAGGUGGCGCUGGGCCAGUACACCAGCCAGGGGAGCGUCACGGCCUGGAGAAAGAUGUGCCCUCUCCUCCAGGGCAUUGGUCUGGCGUCGGUGGUCAUUGAGUCCUAUUUGAACAUCUACUACAUCAUCAUCCUCGCCUGGGCUCUCUUCUAUCUGUUCAGCUCCUUCACCUCACAGCUGCCCUGGACAACCUGUACCAAUACCUGGAACACAGAGCAUUGCAUGGACUUUCUGAACCACUCAAGGGCCAACACAGUGAUGCCUUCUGAGAACUUCACAUCGCCUGUCAUGGAAUUCUGGGAGAGACGUGUUCUGGGCAUUACCUCAGGCAUCCACGACCUGGGGGCCCUGCGCUGGGAGCUGGCCCUGUGCCUCCUGCUUGCCUGGGUUAUCUGCUACUUCUGCAUCUGGAAGGGGGUCAAGACCACAGGCAAGGUUGUUUAUUUCACAGCCACAUUCCCCUACCUGAUGCUGAUCAUCCUAUUGGUCCGAGGCAUCACGCUUCCCGGAGCCUAUGAGGGCAUCAUCUAUUACCUGAAGCCAGAUUUGUCUCGUCUGAAGGAUCCCCAGGUGUGGAUGGACGCGGGCACUCAGAUCUUCUUCUCCUUCGCCAUCUGCCAGGGGUGCCUGACGGCCCUGGGCAGCUACAACAAGUACCACAACAACUGCUACAGGGACUGCAUCGCCCUCUGCUUCCUGAACAGUGCCACCAGCUUUAUGGCUGGGUUUGUGGUCUUCUCCAUCCUGGGCUUCAUGUCCCAAGAACAGGGGGUGCCCAUCGCUGAGGUGGCCGAGUCAGGUCCUGGUCUGGCCUUCAUCGCAUUCCCCAAGGCUGUGACAAUGAUGCCCUUAUCCCAGCUGUGGUCCUGCCUUUUCUUCAUCAUGCUUAUCUUCCUAGGGCUGGACAGUCAGUUUGUCUGUGUGGAGUGUCUGGUGACGGCCUCCAUGGACAUGUUCCCCAGCCAGCUCCGGAAGAGUGGGAGGCGAGAGCUCCUCAUCCUCACCAUUGCCGUCAUGUGCUACCUGAUAGGGCUUCUCCUGGUCACCGAGGGUGGAAUGUAUAUCUUCCAGCUGUUUGAUUAUUACGCCUCCAGUGGCAUAUGCCUGCUCUUCCUCGCAAUGUUUGAAGUGAUCUGUAUCAGCUGGGUGUAUGGGGCAGAUCGUUUCUAUGACAACAUUGAGGACAUGAUUGGCUACCGGCCAUGGCCCCUGGUGAAGAUCUCCUGGCUCUUCCUGACCCCUGGACUUUGCCUGGCUACUUUCUUCUUCUCCUUGACCAAGUACACACCUCUCAAAUACAACAAUAUCUAUGUGUACCCUCCCUGGGGAUACUCCAUUGGCUGGUUCCUGGCUCUCUCCUCCAUGGCCUGCGUCCCACUCUUCAUCAUCGUGACCCUCCUGAAGACUCAGGGUUCCUUCAAGAAGCGUCUGAGACAGCUCAUCACCCCUGACCCCAGCUUGCCACAGCCCAAGCAACACCUAUGUCUGGAUGGAGGCAUUGGCCAGGACUGUGAGCCUUUCUCCAUGAAGGAGGGACUGACAACUGGGGAGACAGAGACCCACUUGUAGGAUGUGGCUGGAAGUGAGGUGACUACUCAGCCAAGAACCUGGGUCAGGGCCACCUUCUCCUGUCUCCACCACGGCCCUGCUGAGAGCCUCUGCAAUGUCUGUGGGCACCCCCAGCCAGAGACCAGACGCCUUUCCUCUCCUCAGCUGGAGCAGCUCCUCCUGGUGGGCUAACGAUGGUUCCACUGGAACAUGUCACACUAUGAAAUGACUCCCUGUUGGGACACCCAUCUUAUUUAUAAAGGAGGGUGGUCUUUUUGGAGUCCACCAUCUGAUUAUAACACAUUACACUGUGAGGGGACUCCCACUGCGGGGAUGUUUCCUGUUAGCGCUUACUAUUAAUAUAUUUGUGCAUUGGGAGGAUAGCGCCAACUGGAAUACAUAUCAUGAUCUGA